AUGACAAAGUCCAAAAUGAACCACACUUGGAUGUAUAACCUGAGCUUCGGUGCACCUGCACAUCCUCUUGAGCCAAGGGCUGGACUCUCACGAAGUGGGCACACAGUAGUGGCUGUUUUUCUUGGAUUAAUCUUGUUUUUUGGUUUCUUGAAUAACUUGGUUGUCCUCAUCCUCUUCUGCAAGUUUAAAACGCUGCGUAACCCAGUGAACAUGCUUCUCCUGAACAUCAGCGUCAGUGACAUGUUAGUGUGCAUCUCGGGCACUACUCUCAGUUUUGCAUCCAACAUCCGUGGCAAAUGGAUCGGAGGGGACCAUGCUUGUAGGUGGUAUGGCUUUGUCAAUUCCUGCUUUGGUGUCGUGUCGCUGAUCUCCCUGGCUGUGCUGUCCUACGAGCGCUACAGCACUCUCACCCUGUGCCACAAGCGCAGCCAUGAUUUCCGCAAGGCUCUGCUGGCAGUGGGUGGUUCUUGGAUUUAUUCCUUGGUCUGGACCGUGCCACCUCUGCUUGGCUGGAGCAGUUAUGGGGUAGAAGGUGCAGGCACGAGCUGUUCAGUACGCUGGUCCUCAGAGUCGGCUGAGUCCACGUCCUACAUCAUCUGUCUGUUCAUCUUCUGCUUGGCUGUCCCCGUGAUGGUCAUGAUGUACUGCUACGGGCGCCUCCUGUACGCAGUCAAACAGGUUGGGAAAAUCCACAAGAAUGCUGCCCGCAAAAGAGAAUACCACGUCCUGUUCAUGGUGAUCACUACAGUUAUCUGUUACCUGGUGUGCUGGAUUCCAUAUGGGGUUAUAGCAUUACUUGCAACAUUUGGCAAGCCGGGUGCUGUGACCCCCAUUACAAGCGUCAUUCCUUCCAUCCUAGCAAAAAGCAGCACUGUUUGCAAUCCCAUUAUCUACAUACUUAUGAAUAAGCAGUUUUACAAAUGCUUUCGCCAGCUUUUCCACUGCCAGCCUCCUUCCUCCACUGAUGGAGAGCCCACCUACCAUUCCAAGGUAACCGUUAUCCAGCUGGAUCAGCGGGCGGACGGUGGAAACAUGUGCAAUAAUGAACCACAUCCAGAAACAGACAGUAAAAUGACUUCUGUCCUGUGCCCAGAGACAACUUCAAAAGCUAUACCACCAACAUCUUAG